CUUCCUUAACACACACUUUCGCUGAUUUUUUACUGCUGUUAAUGUGAACUUGAAAUGUAUUAAUGUUUUGUAAUAUUUCUCAUGUUACAUACAAAAAUGUGAGAGUAUUUAUGCGUUAAAGCGAUUCACUAAAGCAGCUUGUUUACUGUCAUUAGUCUGUUUACAUGACACGAUAGGUUUGAUGUAAAAUUAUCGUGUGGAUCGAAUAAAAAUGCUGAAGGCUGUCAUUCUUAUCGGAGGUCCUCAAAAGGGUACCAGGUUUCGUCCUCUGUCCUUUGAGGUGCCCAAACCUCUGUUUCCGGUGGCUGGAGUGCCAAUGCUGCAGCAUCACAUUGAAGCGUGUUCUAAGCUCCCGAAUAUGAAGGAGAUCUUACUCAUCGGCUUUUAUCAGCCCAAUGAAGAGCUAAACAGAUUUUUGUCAUGUGCCCAGCAAGAUUUCAAAAUAUCAUUACGAUAUCUCCAGGAAUACGCUGCUCUGGGCACUGGAGGAGGAAUCUAUCACUUUAGAGAUCAGAUCCUGUCAGGGGGUCCAGAAGCGUUUUAUGUCAUGAAUGCAGACGUCUGCUCUGAGUUUCCUCUGCCAGAAAUGUUGGACUUUCAAAAGGAGCAUGGAGACACUUACAGUUUUGUCAUCCUCGGCACCACUGCCAACAGAAAGCAGUCCCUGAACUACGGCUGCAUUGUUGAAAAUGAGCAAACUGAUGAGGUCCUGCAUUAUGUCGAGAAGCCCAGCACAUUCGUGAGUGACAUAAUCAACUGUGGAAUAUACCUGUUUACACCGGAGAUAUUUCAGCACAUUGGAACAGUUUUCCAGAAGAACCAGCAGGACAUGCUGUUAGAGGAGCAGUCCAAUGGUUGGCAUCGGGCAGAGGUGAUCCGCUUGGAGCAGGACAUCUUCACUGCACUGGCAGGCCAGAGCAAGUUAUACGUGUACAAAACAGACCGCUUCUGGAGUCAAAUUAAAUCUGCAGGAUCUGCGAUCUAUGCAAGCCGCUUGUAUCUUAACCAGUACCAUAAAACUCAUCCAGAGAGGUUAGCUGUGAAUGAAGAUGGAGGACCAAACAUCAGGGGAAAUGUUUAUAUACAUCCAACUGCCAACAUCAACCCUACUGCUGUGUUAGGUCCAAACGUGUCUAUAGGAACAGGAGUAACAAUCGGCGCUGGAGUUCGUGUGAGAGAAUCCAUCAUCCUCCAUGGUGCUACUUUACAGGAUCAUAGCUGUGUGUUGAACAGUAUUGUGGGAUGGGACAGCACCAUUGGCAAAUGGUCGAGAGUGGAAGGAACCCCUAGUGACCCCAAUCCUAAUGACCCGUAUGCCAAAAUCGAUAGCGAGACGCUCUUCAGAGAUGGAAAAUUAACACCCUCCAUUACAAUUCUAGGCUGUAAUGUAAAUAUCCCAUCCGAGGUCAUCAUACUCAACUCGAUCGUCCUGCCACACAAAGACCUCAACAGAAGCUUCAAAAACCAGAUCAUACUGUAGUGUGAUUAUAUGGCGAGCCUAAUUUUAUUUUAUUUUUCCUCUGGUUUAUUGUAGAGUACAAUAAAUAUUAUUAUUAUUACUGGCCAGAUUGAGUGUAAUUUAUAGCUGUACUGCUAUAUGCUAUAGUGUGAUGCUGUAUGAUGUUAUAUCCUCAAGCCGGGAUAAAAAACAAUGCCAAAAAAGUUCCUCUACAGAAAAACAAUGCAUUUUUUGUUACACUGCCACUCAAAUGGGAUUGGUAUUGAUUUUGUUCUGCCAUUUCUUAUGUCAUCGAAAUGGGAUUUCAGAACAGCCAUUAUAUACACGCUUGUUCCCAUUUUCUUAAAGCAUUUAACAUUUCUUGUAAAGAAAAAAAUGGUAAGACAAAUGGUAAAAUCUGAAUGGAAUAGUGUAAUUAUUAUGAAUAAUUAAUGCAUUUGCGACUGCUCUUUGUAUGAGCAAAGUGUAAUAGUCAGACAUCUGCAAUAAAUUAUAUUUUGGUCACAUUUACUGCUGUCCUUG